AAUUUUAAUUCUUUUCAUUUCCAGAUUCUGUUUUUUCAAAUAUUGUCACAGAACUUAACAAUCGCAAUACCAGAAAUGAACCAAGAAAACAUGCACUCACAAGACUCAUACGUCUGGUAAAAGAAAACCAUCCAGGGUGGGAUGACCAUUUUAGAAAUGUCCUGCGGCUCUUGAUCGAGACAGUUGCUGAUUCAGAUGGCUCUGUUCGAGCUCUUGCUAUGAGAUCACUUUGUGAAUUAUUAAAAAGACAAGCUCAACGAUUCCAUGGCUUUGGAGAAUUAACAAUACUGAAAAUCUUGGAAGCUCAUAAAGAUUCAGAAAAAGAGGUUCAGAGAGCAGCAGAGAUAUGCUCAGAAAUAGCAGCUACAGUGUUACCAGUAGAACUGUGUGUUCGGACACUUUGUCCUAUUAUAAAAAGUGGAGAUUAUCCAACCAACCAGGCAGCUAUCAAAAUGCUUACAAAGUUGACUGAGCAGCACCAGAAGAAUGUAAUCUUGCAACUUUUACCUGACAUGAUGCCUGCACUUGUUCAGGCUUAUGAUAACACGGAAAGCUCAGUGAGAAAGGCAGCAGUUUUUUGUUUGGUGGCUAUUCACAGUGUGGUGGGAGAUUCUAUGAAACAAUAUCUUUCUUCACUUAAUGGGAGCAAGAUGAAACUGCUAAACCUCUAUAUCAAACGUCAUCAAGGUAGUAGCAGCAGUACUCCAGGAUCUCCUGCAUCAUCAGUGACUUACCAGUAGAUGAUUCUUCACUCCUAGACUGCAUUGUAUGGUUCGACAGACUGUGAUUACUUGGAAUAUGUUAGCCACAAAUGGUCUAAGAAUUUUUCUAUUUUGCUUCUCCAAAACAAUCUUGCAGAAAGUUUUGAAAGUGAACGUUUCUGUGUGCCAAUUACCAGCAUAGUGGCCUUUCAUUUAUUAUUUUCUUUAGUUACAUAGAAAAUUCCCUAAUCAGGGUACUCUCUUGGUAUGAGAGAAAGCUCAGUCAUUCCAAAAUGAUCGUAUAACAUUUUAAUAUUAACUAAUGUUUGAGGAAACUGUUGGCUGGGAUUUUUUUUUUUUAAUUUGCUCACUACUUGAAUGUGUAAUAAACUGUGGGAAAUUACUUGACAAUGCUAAACAUGUUCUGUGUAGGAUAGCUACUAUAAUUUUAUGUGUUUCCUGCUUUUCAUUUUUUUUUUAAGGAAUGUAGUAGAUUUUGAUUUUUGACAGCAACAAAAAAGUUAUUUAAAUGAUUUUGUUUUAAAAAUUAUAUUGGACAAAACUACUUCCAAGACAUAACUGUAUAAUUUCAAACAAUGAGACAAUGUCUUAAUCCACAUUGUAUGCAUGAUUUUGUUACAGUUACAAAAAUAAAUAGUUUGCUUACCAUCAUAAUGUAUAGUAUACAAGCUAUGAAAACAAGAUAUACUGGAUCAUUUUCUUUACUGUGACAACUUAAGCAGGGAUCUAAUCAACAUACUUAUAAAUAUUUGUUUUUAUGAAUUAGUAUACAUUGAACUCAUGCUAAAUGAUGGUGAGAUUUUUACUGGAACACUUACAAUUGUAUUAAUGCAUAUAGCAUACUUUUGUGUGUCCUUAUAAAUAUAUAUAUAUAUAUAUAUAUAUGUAUGUAGCUGCUGUUAUUAUUUAAAUUGUCUUGCAGUAUGUGCUGUUAACUAUACAUGAAAAAUUCUUACAGAUUCAGUUUUUUGCCACUUCCCUAGUUAGAAUGUAAAGAUAAUUUCCCCAAAAGUUUCUUUUAUGAAACACUUAACUUUUGCUCAUGAAGCCUUUUCAGACAUUAAUUUAAAUUAUAAUGACUUUAUUAAUUUACAUAUAUAAUUUUUUCUCAUUCAAAAUCUUGAUAUUUUAAACAUUUUCUUUUUGAUCAGUAAAAGAAAAGAAAUUGUUUUUUAAUGCCUUUAAAUUUAAGACAUAGGUUUGUUGUACAAUGAAAUUAAGUGGAAAAAAGACUACUAUACUUUAUCUUGAUAAAUGAAGUUAGUGUCAUGAUUCCAUAUAAAAAUAUUUUAAGAUUUGCAGGUCUACAUAUAAACACUUUGUUGAGGAAGUUAGUAUAUAUGGUUUGAAUGAUUUGAGUGACUCAUGCUUCAACUGUUUAAAACUUUGUGAAUCAUUAAAUUGUUUCUACUUAUUACAACUUAUAAACAUUUAUUCAUAAGAAUGCAUCAUACAAGAACACUGCAUUAAUGUCUUUAAAAGAAACAUCAUUUUUAAAGCACAAGAAAUUUUUUAAAGAUUUUAUUCAGUUAGUACAGAAAUAUGAUGUAUUUAUUUUAACAAUAACUUUCUCUUUCAUUUUUUUUUAUAUCACAGAACUUUAAAACCAAUAAGUUUAGGUGAUCCAACUUUGAGAAUAUUCAGAAUUGAAAAUUACAUUACUGCUAAAUAGUUUCCAGGAUUGAAGUUAGUUUGAGUAACUGGUAAUACUCAACCUGGCAUUGAGAGUAAUUGUAGUGAGUAAUAAAUAUUUCAUCUAUGUUUAUUCUUUCAUAACAGUAAUUUUAAGCUACAUAUUGUAUAUAUAUAACCAUGUAUCUUUCACAAAAAUCCAUCCUACACUUUUAAAAUGUAUUUAAUCACUCCAGCAUAAAAUAAUCAUCGUCAAGAUGUUUUGGACUGGAAGUGUUUGUUCAAGAUACAAUCAUAUGGUUACUAGAUUGAGACAUCUCAUAGAAGCUGAGAAAUCUUCAUUAUUAUUUUCAACUUUUAUCAAACUCUUGCAUUAACACUAAUCUCAUCUUGUUAAAUAACAGCUGAAAGCCUGUUUGUAUAUGAAGGAAAAGUGCUUUGUUAGACUAACCUGAGGCCAAGUUUUAUUAUUUUGUUGGAAUAUUUGCACAAGUUAUUGUCCAAUAACUGUAGAAUGGUCUGCUUGUACUCUACUUUAACAUUGCCUUUGUAUAGUGUAUAUUCCAUAAUUUGAAUAAAAUUUUGUGGCACAUUGCAAAUAAUCAAAAUAUA